GAAGCCUGAGCAGAGGAGACCCAAGUGGGUAGUACCCGCUCGGCUGUGGCGUUGGUGGCUGCUGAAAUGACGACCUUAGUUCUGGAUAACGGAGCCUACAACGCCAAAAUCGGUUACAGCCAUGACAAUGUCUCGGUUAUUCCCAAUUGUCAGUUCAGAUCAAAAACAGCACGUCUUAAAACAUUUACUGCUAACCAGAUUGAUGAAAUAAAAGACCCUUCAGGACUCUUUUACAUUCUUCCUUUUCAAAAGGGCUACUUGGUGAAUUGGGAUGUUCAACGACAAGUUUGGGAUUAUCUUUUUGGAAAAGAGAUGUAUCAGGUUGAUUUUUUAGAUACUAAUAUUAUUAUAACAGAGCCAUAUUUUAACUUCACUUCAAUUCAAGAGUCAAUGAAUGAAAUUCUAUUUGAAGAAUACCAGUUCCAAGCAGUGUUAAGAGUAAAUGCCGGUGCUCUCAGUGCACACAGAUAUUUCCGAGAUAAUCCUUCUGAGUUAUGCUGCAUCAUUGUAGAUAGUGGCUAUUCCUUCACACACAUAGUUCCUUACUGUAGGAGUAAAAAGAAAAAAGAAGCGAUUAUUCGGAUAAAUGUGGGUGGAAAACUCUUAACGAACCAUCUAAAAGAGAUCAUAUCCUACAGGCAGCUGCAUGUUAUGGAUGAAACUCAUGUGAUGAAUCAAGUGAAAGAAGAUGUGUGCUAUGUGUCUCAGGACUUCUACAGGGACAUGGAGAUAGCAAAAUUAAAAGGAGAAGAUAAUACAGUGAUGAUUGACUACGUUUUGCCCGACUUCAGUACAAUUAAAAAGGGCUUUUGUAAGCCGAGAGAAGAGAUGGUGCUGAGCGGGAAGUAUAAGUCUGGGGAACAGAUUCUUCGCCUUGCCAACGAGAGGUUUGCUGUUCCAGAGAUCCUCUUUAACCCUUCUGACAUUGGAAUUCAGGAGAUGGGGAUCCCGGAAGCUAUCGUCUAUUCAAUUCAAAACCUACCUGAAGAAAUGCAGCCACAUUUUUUUAAGAACAUCGUUUUGACUGGAGGAAAUUCCCUCUUCCCAGGAUUCAGAGAUCGCGUUUACUCAGAAGUCCGAUGUCUGACGCCAACAGAUUAUGAUGUUUCUGUCGUGCUGCCUGAAAACCCUAUUACUUACUCCUGGGAAGGUGGAAAAUUGAUAUCUGAAAAUGAUGACUUUGAAGAUAUGGUGGUUACAAGAGAAGAUUAUGAAGAAAAUGGACAUAGUGUCUGUGAAGAGAAAUUUGAUAUUUAAGAAACAUUUUGGAAUGAAAGUCUUGGGAAGCUUGAUUUCAAAGUUUCCUUGAAAGGAGGUUAAGGACCUUUUCAUUGUUAAGAGAAAAUCUUCAACUAACAUAAAUAGUCUGAGUCAUGGCUGAUGUUCACAGGCUUCUAACGUGGGUUUUACUGUCUAGUGUAAUUAAGCCCAUGUUUCAUUUAGUAGUUAGACUACUAUACCAAUACUUACACUGUUUCUGAGAAUACAUUGUCUGUCAUGAGAAAGUGAGAGUAAAUGUUUAAUUUUUCAUGCUUGAAAACUCACCAGUCAGUUGUUCCUAAAAGACCUUUGUGUAGUUUUGACUGUGAUAGGCUGUGUUUGUAGACUGAUAAGAUUCUGAUCUCUUGGAACUAAGUAUUUUAUUUAAAGUUUGUUAUUCUUAUUUGUACAUUAUAAAGUUGGAAAGAUCAAUACUAAAUAUGUAUGUAUGAUGUUUCCUUUUUAUUUAGUAAAAGUUUGAGAGUGUAAAGAUUUUCAUAGUGUCUGUGGUCACCACUGUUCUGAAAAAAUGUGCUUUGUUUUAGAAGUCCUUUUAUGUAGCCACUGUAAACAUAGUAGGAUAGGAAGCUUAGUGACAGUACACUUGCCUACCAUGCUUAAGGCCCUGGGUGUGAGCUCUGCACUGCCAAAGCAAUUGCUUUCCAAUUUGAGGAAAGAGCUGUCACUUUCCUGGAGUUAAAACAUGCCAUCCUGGAGGCAAGUUCCUUAAAACUCAAGAAGAACUAGAGAGGCUCAUUAAGACUCAAAAAGCAAACAACUCAAAAAUCUCAAAAAGUCCCUAAAACUUAGCAGAUUCACAAGGCCUCAUCCAUCCUAGGAUGUAUAAAUAGUAAUGCCUUCUGGGAAGAUACUUUCUGACCUGCAAGUCAUGUAGAGCACUCCAAAGUAUCAGCUUUUUCUGAGUUGUUAGUCAUGCUAGAGUGGGCGUUAAGUGACACAGCUACCUUUGAGAUAUCUAUGCUGCUGUAUGUAUCCCUCACCCAUAUUCCUGUAAUUAAUUAACACCAAUAAAUUCAUUGGUUCACUAGUUA